GCAGCCCUUGGGGCCCAGCCGCUUCCGGGGGGACGUGGCUGAGGGAGGCGAAAUGGCGGCGGGGCCGGGCCCCGGCGCGCAGGGUGGGGAGGCGGACGAGCUGUUCGACGUGAGGAACAGCUUCUACAUCGGCGCCUACCAGGCCGCCAUCAACGAGGCGCAGCGCGUCAAGCCUUCCAACCCCGAGAAGGAGGUGGAGAGGGACGUGUUCCUGUUCCGAGCCUACAUUGCCCAGAGAAAAUACGGCGUUGUCCUGGACGAAAUUAAAGCCAACGCUAGUCCCGAGCUCCAAGCGGUGCGCAUGUUUGCAGAAUAUCUCUCAAAUGAGAGUCAAAGGGAUGCAAUAGUUGCUGAUUUGGACAAGAAAAUGGCAAAAAGCGUUGAUGUAGCUAAUACGACUUUCUUGCUGAUGGCUGCUUCCAUCUAUUUCCACGACAAAAACCCCGAUGCAGCCCUGCGUACCCUCCAUCAAGGGGAAAGCUUGGAGUGCAUGGCGAUGAUGAUCCAAAUUCUUCUGAAGCUCGACAGGCUCGAUCUGGCCCGGAAGGAGCUUAAGAAGAUGCAGGAGCAAGAUGAGGACGCGACCCUCACUCAGCUGGCUACUGCCUGGGUGAACCUGGCUAUCGGCGGUGAGAAGCUCCAAGAUGCCUAUUACAUCUUCCAAGAGAUGGCAGAUAAAUGCUCCCCCACGCUCCUCCUGCUUAACGGACAGGCAGCCUGCUACAUGGCUCAGGGCAAGUGGGACGAUGCAGAGGGAGUGCUUCAGGAGGCACUGGACAAGGACAGCGGCCAUCCCGAAACCUUGAUCAACUUCGUUGUCCUGUCACAGCACUUGGGCAAACCACCAGAGGUCACAAACCGCUACUUGUCACAGUUGAAAGAUGCACAUAAAAAUCAUCCGUUCAUAAAGGAGUAUCAAGCAAAGGAGAAUGACUUCGACCGACUAGCCAUGCAGUAUGCCCCCAGUGCAUGAGGAGAGGGGAAGGAGCCUGCGGACCUGCUCUGUGGUAUCUGGGAAGUGGGGUUGAUACUCAAAGCCUCUCUGGUAACAUGGAAAAAUGCCCUCUGCAUCUUGGUCUGGCUUAACUCAGUGUGGCAGGGUCUUGUAACCCAGCAAAGCCGUUGCUGAAGUUGUAUAUAACGCGUAGCUACUCAAAUUUGGUAGCUGAAAGGCCUGCGUUCUGGCUUACUCGGUUCCUGAGCUCUGUUUAAAAUACAGUGCGAAUCCAGAGUUGCAACACUGUACCUUAAACAUUCCUAAUAAAGCCUUUUCUGGAUCUCUGUGCCCCCUAA